GUUCAUCGUUGCGCUUUUCAAUCGGGUACUAAGACAUGGACAUCAGGCCCUUACCUUACAUAGAUAUUCAGCACGACGCACUGUCUGUGUUUGACGACGUUGAGCAGGGCGUUGUUGGAUCAGAGGAUAUUUGGGUAUCGGGAUACAAAGCUGGGUCGUCGUCUGUUCAUGGACGAGCUAGAGUUGUACCGAGGGAAGGAGGCGGUACGGAAAUACGAGCUCGAGAUGGUGUAGAGAUCAAGAGGUUGUCCAAGACUCACUUUGAGGUUUCGAUACCGGCCCUGCAUCUCGACAGGAUACCUGUCAAAUUCCCUCGAGCAGUGAUUCAUCCACCAUAUACAAAGGCUAGCAAGCUUUCGCCACCACUCCAGGUCAAUUCGAUAGCUUUAUCACCGAAUGGCUCUCAUCUCCUCGUCGGCGGACCAGAUGGGUACUGCGGAGUCAUACCUGUUGGACCUGGCGCCAACGCUCAGGAUAUGAUCCAGUUCAAAGGUCACGUAGGGGAUGUGCUGGAUGUUCAUUGGUUUCCUAGCGGGGAGGUCUGCUUGACGACUGGGUCGGACUUGUCUAUUCGCAUAUGGGGCUCAAAAGACGGGAUAAACCCACGCACAUUAACUGGUCACUCUCGAGCCGUCACAAGCCUUUAUAUCGUUGGCGUAGGCAAACAAAUACUAUCAGGUAGCAAAGACGGAACGGUCCGACUGUGGGAAGUUGGUGCAUCCACGCAGCUGAAAAGAUGGAAUCUGGAUCACAUUCGACCCGUUGAAGCUGUACUGGUGAUUGAAGAUGAUCACGGCAAGGCGGUACUUGGUGCUCAAGAGGAAGAACGACUCGUGUUGGUGCUCACUCAAGUCGGCAUGGAAAUUUGGAAUUGGUCAACUCCCUCUUCUGGCUCACCGCGACAAUCUUUGGAAUGGCAGCUAGGAUCCAAUCUCGUUUGCGGAGCGUAUUGUCCAUCCCUUGGUAUACUAGUCACGGGUCACACGAACGGUGUGAUUGCCGUGAGGCGGCUCGAAACCCUGGACAAACCGACAUUGUUCAGGCGUAAUGAGAGUCCCGUCUACUCCUUGGCCUUCAAGGAUACUGCCCUGUACGCAGGCACUGCUGCAGGACUUCCGUGUCGGCUAGAAGUGAGUCUAAAAGAGGGCGAUCAGAUCAGUCUAGAGGUCAAGGAGGAAUUUGCAGGUUGGGAAGCGGUCGGAGUGGAAAGCUGGACUAUAGGUCAGGAUUCCAUGUGGUGUGCAGGUGGAGAAGGAGGCAUCAGACGGUACUAGAGGCUAGGCUAGUGGAUGG